AUGUCUUUGCCUGUGCGUGCUGAGAUGGGCUACUUUCGUUCCUCCGUGGAGAAGGGUGGAACCCAGCUCGGCUGCUGCGUGCAAAUGCUCCACAACUUCGGGCGGUGCUGGCAACAGCGUUCUGUGACUUCUUUGAACUUCCAUCUUCCGAACUUUUAUCUUUUUCUGUUGCUUGCGUUUCGGUGCGAGCAGCUUCUGAUCGGGCGGCGCUUCAUGGACCAGCUACGUGCGCCAAACAAGCGCGGAAGUGGUCGCGUCGCCUCUGUCAUGGCGGGGCCUCGUGGCAAGGACGGAGACACUGCGGGCGAGGAGGAGGAGGCACUUCAAGCAGGACACCCUCUGGAUGGAUCGAGCUGGAAUGCGGUUCAGGAAGAGGACGACUUUGAUCUUGAGGAAGAGUUUGAGGACUUCGAUGAUGAUGACGAGGAGCUUGAGGAAGUUGACGAGGAGGAAGAGGAAGGUGAAGAAGAUGCUUUCGACGAUGAUAACCUUGAGGAUGUGGAUGACAAUGGCGACCAGCUAGUCCUAAAUGAAGAUGAUGCCAACAGUCGCCUUUCCUGGAAGAAGGCUCGGAAUGAGAUGCUGAUGGCAGUCAACUCUUUGCCCGUAUCGGGCAGGAAAUACCAUCAUCGAAUCUUAGUGAGCAGGAUCAAGACCUUAAAGAAGGACUCGCCUGGAAGUGUGCACAUGGACCAGUUGCCAAACCUGAUGAAGCAACUUUGUGGUCGACCACCGCAGUUUGUGUCCAAGGAGGGGAAGAAGUCCAACUUUGCGGCCGUCUGCUUUCCGCCCGAGACCAUCAGGGAGCUUCGCCUGCCGUUGGGACCACCACCUGCCCAGCCUCCCGUCCUUGCUGGGGCCAGCACUUCUGUCAGCCUUGGUCAUGCGUUCAGUCUUGGGGCACUUCUGGUGGACUUCGAUGGUGAAGUCCUGGCUCGACCAAGCUCGCCGUACCAAAUCAGCUUCUUUCUCCCGGAGCGGAACACCCGAAACGACGAGGAGAAGCAAAAACAAGUCAAGGCAUUGCUCGAUGCUCGCAAUCCCUUGGGCUUUCCCUGCCAUAUGAACGCGGGUGACGACUUCUUCUGCACUGCUUCGAGUCUUCAGCUGCUGAACUCCAGGACCACCGUGCGCGCGACUGGAGUGACAAUUUUCCAUGCAGUUGAGGUUCUGUACGCCAUAGCCGCCCUCUGCCCUGACCGAACCUUAAUGUCGGUCCGCUUGGGCCCCGGGCCUUCAGGAGAGUCUUCUGGAGACCCUGAGCACAUCACUGCUGUCAAGGUGUGGGGCUGGGAACUGAGCCUGGUCGGGGACGACCGCGGCGAUGGUGCCGGUGUGCCCGCAGAGGCGGCUCUCAAGGCCAUGUCUGCCGUGCGGAAGAGCGUCAAGGAUGCCAUGAACGUUACGUCGGAGGAGGAGACGUUGGCUGGAAAUCAAGUCAAGCCGCGCAAGCUUCAAAGAGAAAGGUUUGAAGCCGAGAUGCCGGCGAAAGUCUUGGAAGACCUGCUGAGCCUUGUGACCGAGGCCUCUGAGCGCCUCGCGAGCAGCAUCGAUCCAAAGAUGCGUAUGUCUGAAGCGCACGCUCGGGGGGUGAAGCGACGAGACAAAGCCAAGAAGGCCACGUGGGCCGAGGUCCUUUUGGCUGGUGAGGAGACCGGAUUCGUUGACUUUUUACGGUCAUUGGAGCUGAGCACAGACCCUGAUGUGGUCAUGCAGCGAGAAAGGCGAAGGGUCAGGACUGGGCGCAAAUCACCAAAGUUCCGGUGUCCGGUGUGCCAAGAGGUGUUCGUGCGGGCAAAGGCGUGCCGCAAACAUUUGAAGCAAAGCGGCCACCUGUCUUGCGAACCUGGGCAAACUUGGAGGAGUGUGAUCGAGGAAAAGUGCCUGCUUCAGCCACCGUACCCGGUGCCCACUACACCAGACGUCUGA